UUAAUUGCACGGCAUAUGCUUGAUUUUUGGAACGAAAAUAGACUUGCAAUUGAUCGCAAGUUUCUUGCAACGCUCCAUAAAACUUGACAAGGACAGGCUUGACAAGGAAAGACCAGAAUAGGAAAAACGUGCCAAGUUAAGGUUUGACUAGGAUAGACCCGAAUACUAAGACUUGACAAGGAAAGGCUUGACAAGGACAGACUUGAAUAGGAAAGACUCGACCAGGACAAAAUCCCGACUUAGAAAGACCUGCAUCUGGUGCAUGUGCAAACCAAGAUGGUGGAGUCAACACAAAAACCGUCAGUGAGGAGAUGGCUCAUUCUCGCCGGCGUCUCCCUGACCAUCUUCCUUGAAGUAGGUGUCCUGAAGAGCUAUGGUGUCUUCCUGAACGAUAUCACCAGGGACCUUGACACGACUACGGGCCUAGUGGGACUCGUCUCAGGACUUGCUCAAGGAAUUACAUAUUUGUUAGCCCCAGUGAGUCGGUUCUUGACGAAAAAGUUGUCGGUCCGACAGGUUAUAAUCCUAGGAGCAAUAAUUGGAACUUCAUCCUAUAUAAUGACUUCUUUUUCACGAUCAUCUUGGCAGUUUGGAGUUGCUUUGCUCUCAUCAGGUAUGGGCUACAGCAUGGUGACGUUUCCUGCACACGCACUUCCGGUUCGGUACUUCCCAGAUAAAUUCGAAUUAGCUUCUAGCAUCAUAAUGACAGCUGGUGGUCUAGGCAUGAUGUUGCUCCCUGUCAUAGCGGAACAACUUAAUCGCAUCUAUGGUUGGCGACAAGCCAUGUUACUUCUUGGUGCAUUCAGCUUACACAAUAUCCCAAUCGGUGCGUUGGUGAAGGAAGAGGGAAGUAUUUCCGGAGCAAAGGCACCAUCAAAGAAGGAUGUAAAGCAUCGUGGAAAGGAGUAUUCGUCUGCAAGUGUCUUGCAACCGCUUUUGGAGUCAACAUCGAUCAGCCAUCGAGAAAAUAAUCCGGAUGAGGAAAAUCACUUGAGGGAACUAAGUACAGCAGAAGCGGGUAUACAGUCUACGGAAUCUCCAAAUGGUGUCCUUAAGAACAUAGCGCCCAGUGUGAGGCCCAAUCCAAAGACGAUUGUCAUCGAGAAAGAGACAGACGGUGUCAAGAGCACGUCACAAAAAUCAGUCUGGCAAUCGCUGAAAACUCUUACAGGUUUUGACAUUGUCGAAAAGAAGCCAGACGUUUUGAGUGUCAUAUUCGCCAUGUUUAUGCUAGGCAUGACUUACAGCGGAUGGAUUAUAUUUAUAGUACCAAACGGCAUCGCGAAAGGAUAUCUAUUGGAACAUUCAAUACUUCUUGCCACAGUCGGGGGAGCUGCCAAUAUCUUUGGACGUUUCAUCAUAGGGUUCGUAAGCAAAUUGCAGCUUUUCUCAAACAACAAGCUAUAUGUUAUGUUAUGUUUUGUGUCUUUCGUGGCAUACACGAUGAACAUCUUGUCAACUCAAUUUUGGGCCUUGUGCAUUCUUGCAGUUUUAAAUGGUAGUACGUUAGGUGCUAUGACAGGAAUGAUAACAUUACUUUCCCGGGAUACAGCACCUGACGGGGACGUAGAGGGCGUGAUAUCUCUGCUUCUUAUGGCACUAGGAGGAGGUCUUCCUGUCGGUGGCUUUGCAGUGGGAUGGUUUUUUGACAGGUCUAAUUCGUACGACGCGUCAUUCCUUCUACUUGGCUCGGUCAGUCUGGUCUCCGCCUUCUUUCUCAUCACCCCAAGCAUUCCCGAUGCGUGCCGCUGCGUCUACCAGUCAGUCUUAAACCGAUGUCUCAACCAGAGCAGUCGAUUCCGGGGGACGGGAGAACGAUAGAACCCUCAUCACCCCAAGCAUACCCGAUGCGUACCGUUGCGUCUACCAGUUAGUCCUUAUGUCUCAACCAGAGCAGUUGA